GUUGUUCACUCAUCCACAAUCUCGAAAAGGAAAUUCACCUUUUCAGACUUCAGUCUCGUGAAGCAGCGUGUUUGUGUUCAAAUGAUUUUGUUUUCAGACGUGUUCUGGUAACGUGUUUCUUUAGAAGUGUUUUAUGAGAAUAUGAACUCAUCUGUCGGAUUUAUAGCGCAAGUUUCUGGAUCUGUUUGUUUGUUUGCUGCUGAUGUUUACUGUGAUCGCUUCGGACGGACUCGUGAUCGCCAUCCUCAGUCGGUUUGAUCUAAUCAAAAGUUUACCGUUUAACCGGAGAAACGAAAACAGAUGCGGAUCCCUAUAACGGCUUGAUUUCUGAUGGAGCUGUUUAUGCAUUUAUAAACGAUAACUUUUUGCAGCUGUCUGAAAGAAACGGAACUGGAAAACCACCCCGAAACCGAUCAAUAGAGACAUGAUUGAUUCAAUUGAUCGGUGUCCCGUUAAAUUCUGCUCCGGUCUGAAGAGCGCUUCCUCGCGUUAAUGAUGCUUUGGCCGGAGUGACAAUAAGUGUUGUGUUUUUGUUGUUGUUGUUGUUUUCGUCCGGUCAUGUGUUCACUGAAGGCUCUUCAGGACUGGUGUCGAGAUGUUUGUGAAGGUUACUCUGAUGUUCUGAUCACAGACAUGAGCUCCUCAUUCACAGAUGGACUGGCUUUCUGUGCGAUCAUCCACAAACACAGACCCGAUCUACUAGAUUUUCACUCCCUGUCCAAACACAACGUUUACGAGAACAUGCGUCUGGCGUUUGACGUUGCGGAGCGCGAGCUGGGAAUUCCUGCUCUUUUAGAUCCGGAUGAGCUGGUGUCUGUGGAGGAGCCGGACCUCCUGUCCAUCAUCACUUAUGUCUCUCAGCUCCACUGUGUCUUCAGAGGAAACUCUCACGUCAGUCAGAAGAUUCCUGUGAACAAUGAAUCCAGCAGCACCAAAACACAAGAACAGACACACACUCGGUUCUCAUCAGAUGUGGUCCGAUCGUCAGAUAAAAGAGUCUGUAGUGUCUGUCACACACGUGUUCAUCUCAUUCAGAGGGUUUUGGUGAAGGGAUGCCUGUAUCACCGCUCCUGCUUCAGAUGCAGUCGCUGUCGUCGCUCUCUGCUGCCGAUCUCUUUCACAGUGAACAGUGAAACGGGUUCACUGCAGUGCAGUUAUCCCUGCAAACCUGCUCCUGAUCACGACCGGCCCGCAGAUCAAUACUCACAGAACGACACCAGUGAGACAGACGGAGACAGGAGUGAGACGGAAAGAGACAGGAGUGAGACGGACAGAGAGAGGAGUGAGACAGAUUCCAGUCUUUCCACCUCAUCAGAGACUGACAUACAAGAACCUCCCAAACCUGCUCCCAGAAAGAGGGCGGAGCCUCAGGAACCUCCUAGCCCCACCCCCAGAUCACCGGAUCAUCGCCCUGACAACGUCUCGUCUCGGAGCGCCGUCCGUAAAGAACAUCCCUGGAUGAAGCUGGUUGAUCCGGGUCCCUGGUCUCGGCUUCCUCCGGCUCCGGCUCCAUUCGCUCAUUGCCGCCACCGGCCUGCGACAUUUAACCCCUUCCUGGAGGACGAUGAGGAUGAGUCCAAGGAUGAAGAGAAAAACCCUUUCAGUUGCGAAACCUCAGUUGCACACAAACCCCAAACCUCAUCUUCAGUUCCCAGCAUGCACCAGGCUGCAGCUCCUGUUCAUGGUUUCCCGCUCAUCAAGAGGAAGGUGAUCACAGACACAUGCGUGUCAGAGAAGCAGGUGUGUGAGGAGCAGAAGAAGCUGGAGGAGCGUCUGCUGGAGCUGGAGAGGAGAGGAGUGCAGCUGGAGACUGAGAUGAGGAGACGCACCAAUGAGAGUCUUCUAGUCGACUGGUUCCUUCUGAUUCACGAGAAGAACAUGUUGGUGCGCAGAGACACAGAGCUGGUGUAUAUGGUGAAGCAGCAGCGUCUGGAGGAUCAACAGGCUGAUGUGGAGUUUGAGAUCAGAAGCCUCUUCAACAAACCAGAGCAGGACUGGAGCUCCGACGACAAACAUCAGGAACAUCAGCUGAUGUCUCGCCUGCUGUCAAUCAUCCAGCAGAGGAAUGAGAUCAUCAGCAGCCUGGAUCAGGACAGGCAGAGGGAGAAGGAGGAGGACGGUAUGCUGACGGCUGUGAUCCAGAGGAUGGAGUUCCUGACACAGACGGACAAAUCCAGCAGGAGCUUUAAACCCCUUCAGAUGUUCAAGAAGUCCAGCCGUAAGACUGAAAACACCAGCAGAAGAAAGAAGAAAAACAGCUGAAGAACAGGAAGAGACUGUUUAUUAAAUAAUGUCCAGUAAUGGAAAAUAAAAACACACAUCAGGACAAACUGAACUGUUUAUUUAAAAGUUAAUAAGUGUGUAGCAUGGCCACAUUUGAUCAGUUUUCAUCAUUUCUAUCUACCCUUUUCUAUGCACUUUAUAUUUGUAUACACUUAUUUAUUUGUGACAUCAUUAUGUGUUUUUGUUUUUAAGAUAAGAUGUCUUGAGCAUUAGUUAUCGCACGCUUCCCAUUCAAACCACAGUCUCUUCAUUGCCAGCCCUCCAGCUAAGCUGCAUCUCUUCCUGUUGUCUCUAUUAGUGGGAAAAAUAAGCUUUUCACAGCUUUAAAUCAACUGAACAAAUUACUUAGUGUUUGAUUCACUAUUUCAAAGCACUGAGGACACCUUCUGGUCAAAAUGGUGUAAAUGCAACGAAAACUCAGCCAUGAGCUCAGUCUAUUAAUCUACAAAUAAUUAAAUGGCAUCUGACGUUUUGUGCAAUUUUUGUUCUUGUUUUGUGUGUUUU